AAAAAUUAGACCCUUACUCUAGUGAACACACCCUGGAGAUCUCCACUAGUAACGAUUGUCAUUUAAAACAUUUUUUUAUUUGGAUCAGCCAAUUCCACAAAUUGUGAAUAGUAUUAUCGUUUCACAAUGCAUAAAUGAUAAAUCAUUAUAAAAUAGUUAAAAACCCGAUACAAAUUGUUUUCAUUUUACUAACGCCUAGCUAGGAUCUUAUUCACUCAUACCAACGAAAAGAAAAGAUCAAGAAAUCCUUGGUGUGCUGUUAGCACGUGCCCUUGACCUUCUAAGUCGCAACCAAGAUUUUAACAUGUAGACAAGUAGUAGACAUACGUAGACAAAAUCUAAUCUACCACAACUUCCAUCUCCAUUCACCAAUAUAUAUUCAAUGAAUUAAUAAUAUACUGUAUCUCUCUUCCCUGUAGAUUUGUCUCAAACAUGGUUGUCCACUUGAUCUCUCUCCUCACACAAACCCUAGCCCUAAUCAUUCUAUCUCUUCCCUCUAUCAUCAACACUUCCCAAUUGGAUUACGAUACUCUAGUUUUCAAACAAUGCGAUUCAUUGGCCCCAAACAUCUUCCAAAAAACAAGACCAAAUUACUCGAAUAAUAUUCUCUUUCUUCGUGCACAAGCCCUUUCUUCUCUCUUACGCAAACUCGAAUCCGAAUCCUCUUGGUCUAAGUUCUUUAAGACUCUAGUUGGUAACGAAGAACACGCCGUCUCAGGAUGGUUCCAAUGCAGAGAAGAUUAUCCGAAUGGGAUAUGCCAUAAAUGUGUUGGUGCUCUUCGUGAGAUUUCGUCUAGAUUGUGUGGAAAUGCCACGUCAGCUCGUAUUCAUCUUCGAGGAUGUCACUUGAUAUACAAAUUCGAACGUAUUGACACCCCUGGCGCUCAGGAAAUUAAUAAUCAUCACAACUACAAGUUAUUUGAGAGCCCGGAACACGGUCUCAUCCACAAGAUAUGCGAGGGAGCUACCGCAGAGACUUUAGCCGGAUUCGAAGAGAUGAGGGCGGAGGCACUCAUUGCAGCCGAAACAGGAGUCGUUGACGGGCACGGAUUCUAUGAGGAUAGCUACAAGCUCCUCCACGUUGUGGCUCAAUGCGACGGCCACGUUGAAGCUUGCGAUUGCGGAGAGUGCAUAAGUUCCGCGGCGGCGGCUGCAGCAGAAGAGUGCCGGUGGUCUGUAGCCGGUCAAAUAUACUUAGAAGGGUGCCACGUCAGUUAUACAUAUCACCCGCAUGAACUUCCCAAUGAUUCGUACCACGAAGAAGGUUCAAAAGUUAACACGGGGAAGUCGUUGGCGAUAGUUGUAGGAGGAGUAGCGGCAUUGGUCUUUGUUGCUAUCUUUUUUAUGUUCCUAAAAAGCUUGCGUAAAAAAGGAGAUGAUUGUUGAAGAGAUGGUCUACGUACAUGAUCAGAGAGAUGUUGGGAAAAUACUUUUGUUCCUUGUAAUCGUUCUACCAACCAAGGAAAAUCUCCUUCUAAUGAUUUUCUUUACAAUGAUAGAUAUAUCAAAUUUUCGAUUGGGAAACUAAAAGUGGUAGGAUACGUUAAUCAUGUAAAUAAUUGUAUUGAAUUAAAUAUUUCUCCUAAAAGUUAUACUAAGUCAUAAUGUUAGCUGAACCAAUUAAAAAAUAGUCUUUUGAGUCUAAUAGUAAAACUACGACGUUUUGGAUAAAAAGAAUGGGAUUACAUUUAUGUUUUGUAA